UAUGUGCUAGUGUUGGGUAAAUAAUGCCAGGAUUCUGCAUGCAUAUGCAUGAAACAAGGAGGAAACGCAGGACCACGCACCCGACUUCCUGGGUAGCCCAGACUUCCUCCUGUGUGACAUACGGCGGUUCUGGCGCUGUAUACCUGUGCUGGACGAUCUGGGACACACGAUGAUGGAUUCUAUCGCCCAGUACCGCCAACAGUUGGUGCAGCUCAGCAGCACGGUUGCAGAGGUGUCCGAAGAGCCAUCCACUAUGUUUUCUUUGUUGACCAGCGUUUUUGAGGAAUUCGACAGGGAGUUCCCAACUGCGUGUGCCAACAAGCUGUUUGCAAGCGUAGUGAAUUCGCUGUCCAGCCUGGAGCUGGAGUAUGGCCAGUCGGCAAUAUUCUCGUCCGUCGUCUCACCAACAUUUCCCAAGUAUUUUCGAAACAUGUAUGGCAGUUCAGAGGCAUAUGUCUACUUUCUCCUACCCCACGAAGUCAGCAGUAUGUCGCGACUCAAGCGCCUGUUACAGGCAGCGCCCGAAUUGCUGGACAACACCGAUGAGAUCAAUGAUUUGUUCUCGUUCUAUAAGGAGUCAGUGGUGGGUUUGGAGCGGGAGACGUUUGUCUAUCAAAAGGCCCGCGUUGAUGGGUCAUCUGCGUACCAGACCUUGCAAAUGCUGAGUGGCGAAAUCCUACGCCGCGAGAGAUUGAUUCAAAGCAUUCUUCAGUCUGAUCCAGUACUCGCACACCUGGCCUCGAUGUAUAUCCGCGGCCAGAUCGCAUGUUAUCUCUCCUCGGAAAGGUUGAGGCCUUCGGAGCUGGCGUGAAAAGCUUGAGCAGGGUCCUUGAAGGGGUGAGUUUGACCAGAAGAAAACAAUCCAUCAAUUUCUA